CUUCGCGAAUUUCAAUGAAUUUUCGAUGAUUUUUCAAAGAUACUGUUGUAAAUUAAUUACGAAUUCAAAUCAAAUCCUUACGAAGUGUUCGAAUACUGUUGACAGUGUUGACAAUAUGAACGGAUUAGUGAUCAUUAUUGUAAACUUGCUGUCUUUGUGAAAAUGCUCAAGCAACGCUUUCAUUUCGGAUGGAUUAUCGAAUCUCGAUGAAGACUGUAAGCAUAAUUGGUUACCUGAGAGGGUUAUUCGAAAGUAUUGCAACCAUGCUUGUUACGAAUGGGUUUUGGAUUGGCAUGAUUGCACUCUACACUAGUUUCACCGAUGAGUUGUUACCGAUGGCGAAAUUUAGAUUUUUGGUAGGUUACAUGGCCCCCCUUAUAGCGGUAUUUUUAUUCUAUUGGAGCGCGCAAAAUUUGAACAACUCGGUAUCUGAGGUAUCGCUUUCAGUCUACUCUAGUCCCUGGUAUCGGUCGGUAAAAAUACGAAAAAACGUGUACAUUUUCUUGUGUCAAACACAGUCAAUGAAGGAUUUCGCAGCGUUCAAAGCGUAUGGAUUGCUUUAUAAUGAUUUCUCGCGAUAUUUACAUGGCCAACUGUUAUAUACCAAUGUUCUGCGUAAACUUACAAUGAAAUGAAUUUUCACAUCGAAUGGAAUACGUAGGUAUUCGGUAUCUAAAGCAAAGCGCACAACUUUAGAAUGCUUCGGCAUUCGAUAAAAUAGAUUUGAUAAUAAGAUGCAAAGGUUUCUUAAGUCUGAGUUCCCAUUAUAAGCACAAAAUGUGCACAUUCACCAAUUUUAUUUUCAAGUACCUAUAACUAAUUAUUUUGGAAUUCGCGAAUUAUACACAUGUUUUGACUGAGAGAAAUAUUUAUUAAUUAUUUUCAAAAAGUUGUUAGAAUGGAGGUGACUGGUGUUUAUAAUUUAUUCGCGAUUCAUGUAUGGUUCGUAUCUAUAAGCACAAAAUGUACACAUGCACUGAUUUUAAUUUUAAGUGCUAUUAGGUCCGUAAAGGAUAAGUUAUUUCUUGUAUUUGAGUAAUUAUCUUUGAAUUCACGAAUUAAACGUAUGUUUUGAGAAAAGAGUUUUUAUACGCGAUUAAACCGCGAUUUGAAUCGAGAAAAAUUGCAAUUCAUGUACCUACAUAAAUUCGAAUAAUUUUUUACGUGAUUUUUGUGUGGUUGGCGAUUUGAUUUAAUUUUGAAUUACCAAAAUUGAAUGUGAUUUGAAAAUAUUGGUGAUUUGUGUUCGCAAUUCAAAUCCAGCGUUUCUUUCAACUUUUUGAAUCAUUUUUUUUCACAGAUCCUAGAUUUCAAAUUCCUGAAAAAAUCUGUGUACUUUGUAACUCUUUACCUUGGAUUCACUAUUCGCCUAACUUGAUCAAUUACUUCGAAUUUAAAUCAUUAAAUUUUCAGCUGCCAAAGUUCAUUACAAUACGGUGUGGAACGAUUCCAAACGCCGGAGAAAAAAAAAGUCUUUACCUACUGAGCGAUAAUAAUAUCAGCUCGAAAGUGAUCGCAAUUGAUUUUUGAAGGGGAGGGAAAGGGGUUAAUUAUUUUAGUACACAAAUCAAUCUUCACAAAAACAAAACACCAAAAAUCAGUUUUGACACCUCAUUUAAGUUUUUAGAAGUAAGAUGGUGAAUUUCGUAAUAGAAAAUUUCAAAAAUUCGUAGAAAGAAUUAGUGGAGGGGCCAUGGCAUAGUUUUUUUUAUUUAU